AGCUACCCUUGCACGUGCCCCGUCCGGGAGCUCACGUGCGUUGAUGGCGUCUCUAUCAUGAAGGACGGUUGCGGUUGUUGCUACAUGUGCGCUCACCAGCAAGGCGACUUGUGCAGCGUAAAAUACGUAUGUGACGUCCAACAUGAUCUUAUCUGUGAUAUGUCCGUGGGUGACGUCCCUGGCACCAGCGUCUGCAAAUCUAACACUUUAAAACCAUGCUGGGUAAAAGGUGUACGCUACUCGGACGGGGAACAGUUCAAACCGGAAUGUUCCAGGCAGUGUACAUGUCAGAACGGGAAUUACGGCUGCGUCCAACUGUGUCCGGACGAGCACCGAGUACCUUCCAGUACUCGCUGCAGCCGACCGCGGCUAAUGGAGGUUGCGGAUCAGUGCUGCUGGCAGUGGACGUGUGAGGGCCAAGAUUCCGGUUCUGGUGGCAUCCGUUCCCGCCACAUACCUCCAGAAAAAGUUGAGCCGCCCGUCAUUCAGGCACAAGCUUAUACAAGAUAUGAUGCGACCCAACAUAAGGCCACGUCCAUCCAAAGCUCGGAGCCAUCGUGUACGGUAAAUGUGACGUCAUGGACUUCGUUUUCCAAGACAUGUGACGCAAGCGUCUCCACGAGGCGGUUACGUGACACUUAUUGCAAAGAAAAGGAAGAGACUAGCCGCCCGCAUCUUAUGGAGGUAGCGAGUCAGUGCUGCCGCCAGUGGACGAGUGAGGGCCAGGGGCGGCGGCCCGCGAGUUCCGGUUCCGGUGGCAUCCGGCUCAGCCACAUCCCUCCAGAAAAAUUCGAGCCGCCCGUCAUUCAGGCACAGGCUUAUAAAAGAUAUGGUACAGCAACUUGA